GAGGGGUGAUUGUGCUGAUUAAUUCUCUGGUCAUUUGUUGAAUGCCUCUCGGAUGCCAGCCCUGUGCCGGGGAGUUCCAACCCCUGGGAAUUCCCAGCCUAGCAGAGGAGGGAAGUGAUCCUCAAAAGGUGACUCUGCUCCUGAGAGGUGGAUUUGAGGCUGAGGGGCGACCUUCUAGCUCCAGGACCGGGCGCGCCCUCCCGACAUGGCUGCCACCGCCUCCCCGCUGCCGCCCACCACCAAGGUGGCCAGUGCUGAGAACAGCAGCUCCUUCUAUGACUAUGAGUACUACCUGGACGACGUGGUCUUCAUGCUCUGCAGGAAGGACGAGGUGCUGUCGUUUGGCAGAGUCUUUCUGCCGCUCUUCUACAGCCUGAUCUUUGUGCUGGGCCUGGGCGGGAACCUCCUUCUCCUAGUGGUCUUGCUCCGGUAUGUGCCUCGGAGGCGGAUGACUGAGAUCUACCUGCUGAACCUGGCCAUCUCCAACCUCCUGUUUGUGGUGACGCUGCCCUUCUGGGGCAUCUCUGUGGCCUGGCACUGGGUCUUUGGAAAUUUCUUAUGCAAGACAGUGAGCACCCUCUACACCAUUAACUUCUACAGUGGCAUCUUCUUCAUCAGCUGCAUGAGCCUGGACAAGUACCUGGAGAUUGUCUGCGCUCGGCCCUACCACCGGCUGAGGACUCGGGCCAAGAGCCUGCUCCUUGCGGGCAUCGUGUGGGCUGUGGCCCUGGCUGUCUCCAUCCCUGACAUGGUCUUUGUGAGGAUGCAUGAAAAACCCCCAGGCAUGUGGGACUGCUAUGCGGAUUUUGGGGGGCAUGGGACCAUCUGGAAGCUCUUCCUCCGCUUCCAGCAGAACCUCUUGGGGUUUCUUCUCCCCCUCCUCACCAUGAUUUUCUUCUACUCUCGCAUUGGCUGCGUCCUGGUCAGGCUGAGGCCCCCAGGCCAGAGCCGGGCUCUGAGGAUGGCCAUAGCCCUGGUGGUGGCCUUCUUUGUGCUGUGGUUCCCGUACAACCUCACCUUGUUUCUGCACUCGCUGCUGGACCUGCAAGUCUUUGGGGACUGCAGGGUAAGCCAGCGCCUGGACUAUGCUCUGCAGGUGACAGAGAGCAUCGCCUUCCUCCACUGCUGCUUCAGCCCCGUGCUCUACGCCUUCUCCAGCCGCCGCUUCCGCCAGUGCCUCAAGGCUUUCCUGGCCACUGUGCUCAGGCGGCACCAGGCUCCUCACCUUGCCCAGAGCCUGCCGUCCAGCUGUUCUGAGAGUAGCGGGCUCACUGCCCAAGAAGAUAUAACCAGCAUGAGUGACCUUGGGCAGAGGCAGGCUGAGGACUCCCCCAACAAGGGGGACGAGGGGGAAAAUUCAGCCUGAGCGGCCACACCACAGCCCAGGAGAGCCAAUGGGACCCAGCUCAGCUGCACAUCCUCUAAAAUCCUCUCUUCAAAGGUCUCAGCGACCAUGUUGCUAAACCCUGCAGUCAGUUCUUGGUCCUCAGCCAUCAGCAGCGUUCGCUUUCUCCUGUCUUCUCCCUCCUCUGUCUUCACUGCCAUCUGGGACUCCAUACUCGCUGGCCUGAAUGGCUGCCGGUUUCCCAGCUGACCUCUGUGCUUCCUGUCCUCUUGCUCUCCUGUCAUCUAAUCUAUACCAGCAGCCAGAGUAACCACAGCACCCUCAGCCAUCACUCCCACCCCCGUAGUGUAGCCCGAGGCCUGCUACCCACCAGGCUGUCCCCUUCCCCAGCUGGGGAACUCUUAUUGUGAGAUUGUUUAGUAUCACAGCCUGAUGGUGGAUGCAGGGUCUGGCAGUCAGGAGGGGCAGGAGGAGCUCCACCCCUGGGAGUCUGCAGGUGGGAGGCUGAGUGAACACGUGUUCCUGGUGGUCCAGGAGCACAUGCCUCCCUCUGCCUCCCAUGCCCCCUCUCAGGAGCCUUCAGGGCUCCCUAGAGCCUGCACCAUCAAGUCCAGAACGCUUGUCCAAUUUUAAGGCUGGAACUUUCACAAUUAGAUUCCCAUACAGCGUUUCACCCUUAUACUCCUUCACCUCCCUUUUCAUUUCCUGGAUGCCAUGCCCAUUGCUCUUUCCUGCACACUCCCAUCUCUGCUUUUGAGCUUGCUGGCUCCCUUAUGGAACAGAGAUCAUUUUCUAGCCAGGUAUCCCCUCCCCCUUGUCGUGUAACUGAACCCUACUUGCUCUGGGAAACCACCCCUGGGUCACUCUGCCCUGUGCUUCGGGUGGAGGUUGGGUAGAGCAUGAGCCUUCGGCCAAUUAUGACCUUAUGUUUCCCUGGCACAGUGUUUCAUUUAGGGAUGGGCACAUGACUCAGGCAGAGCUUGUGAAAUGCAUCUAGACCGGAACAUGCUAGAGGCAUGAAACUGAAGUUGAGGGGAUGUGAGGUCUGGAGCUGCUCCUUCAUCAGCUCGAACCUCAGCAAGUGAGGUGACAGCAGUGAGUGAGCAGAUCCUGGGGGCAGUGCUCAAGCCCUAGAAUCAAGGCACUGCUGAAGCUAAUCCCACGCCUUGACUUGACAGUGACACGAACUAAUAAAUUCCUUUCC